UUUCAUGGGUGUGGUGAUUAGCUUGCUUGGAGAAAAAUUUGACAAAUCUGGCCACAGCAACACAAGCACAGGAGUCGGAAAACCUCUGAAAUUUGUUCAAAACGACAUUCUUUGCGUUUUUCCCCCCUCACAGCUGGGACAAUGAUCAUCGCGUGACGCGGACAUUAAAGAACGGCCAAGACGAUAGGAGGGAAGAAAAAGGCGUUUUUCAGAUCCAGAAUUUCCACAUUGUGCGUAUGCCGGCUGCUGUGGAUUUGCACGCUGUUCCAAUCAUAAAAUAGGUGUCAACAAGCGAGAGUGUGAGGCAUUUGGCGUGGGCUGUGACCUGAACACAUCUGAGGCACGAUGAGUGAGCUGGAACAGUUGCGGCAGGAGGCAGAUCAGCUACGCAAUCAGAUCCGGGAUGCCAGAAAAGCGUGCAGUGACUCUACUUUGUCACAGAUCACAGCUGGUCUGGACUCAGUGGGCCGGAUACAGAUGCGGACGCGGCGCACUCUCAGGGGGCACCUGGCCAAGAUCUAUGCAAUGCACUGGGGGAGUGACUCCAGGCUUCUCGUCAGUGCCUCGCAAGAUGGAAAGCUAAUCAUCUGGGACAGUUACACCACAAAUAAGAUGCAUGCCAUCCCACUGCGCUCUUCCUGGGUGAUGACGUGCGCCUAUGCUCCCUCUGGGAACUAUGUGGCCUGUGGUGGCCUGGACAACAUCUGCUCCAUAUACAGCCUGAAGACCCGCGAGGGCAGUGUGCGUGUCACUCGGGAGCUACCGGGUCAUACAGGGUAUUUGUCCUGUUGUCGUUUCUUGGAUGACAACCAGAUACUGACCAGCUCUGGAGAUACCACCUGCGCAUUGUGGGACAUAGAGACAGGCCAGCAGGCCACAACCUUCACCGGCCACACGGGUGAUGUGAUGAGCUUGUCACUCAGCCCGGACUACAAGACCUUUGUGUCUGGAGCCUGUGACGCCACCUCCAAGCUGUGGGACAUUCGUGACGCCAUGUGUAGGCAGUCUUUCACUGGCCAUGUGUCUGACAUCAACGCUGUCACUUUUUUCCCCAAUGGCAAUGCCUUUGGCACAGGCUCGGACGACGCCACCUGCAGGUUGUUUGACCUGCGUGCCGACCAGGAGCUGAUGAUGUACAGCCACGACAACAUCAUCUGCGGCAUCACAUCCGUGGCGUUCUCCAAGAGCGGCCGCCUGCUGCUGGCCGGCUACGACGACUUCAACUGCAACGUCUGGGACACUCUGAAAGGCGAACGGGCGGGCGUGCUCGCGGGCCACGACAACAGGGUGAGCUGCUUGGGCGUGACGGAGGACGGCAUGGCUGUGGGCACCGGCUCCUGGGACAGUUUCCUCCGGAUCUGGAACUAAACGAAGCCAACCUCCUCUGGGCUGUUCUUCAUCAGCGCCUGACCACCCCAUCACACACACACACACACACGCACACACACACACACACACACACACGCAACGUAACAUGACUCAUUCAGGAGGGCUGGAGCUGAUGGGAGUAUACAUGGUGUCAGCCCUCUAAAUUGUUUAUACUUUUUGUUCCCCCUACACAGCAACCUGAACAUUUCCAAGCAGUCCAAUCAAAAAUAGUCAAGGGAUGAAUGACUAAAACAUCUAAUUCUAUAAGUAUGUGUGUAAAUUUAUAUAUAAAAAGACAGUAUAUAUGUAUAGCAUUGUGUGUGUGCGCACAUAUAUGCAUCAUAUAUGCAUAUAUAUUUUCUACUUUUAAUUUCCCAAUUUUUUUCCUUAAUCAUUUUAGGCUUCCGUGUUUGCUUUCUACUUAUUCCCAUUACGACAGAGCCGUGUGGCAGAAAGACGCACUCCCUAGAAAACACGAUAAUCAGUUGCAGCGGGCAUCACACGUGUCUCUCUGCAAAUGUAUCGAGGAAGAGGACCUCUGCUCGUCACGCAUGUUUAGAAGGAGUUUGCAAUUUUGUCGAUGGAGAGCUCAAGUGGAUCCGAAAUUAGGUGUCCAGAUUCAGGAACAGGCUUUUCCAAACAUUGUCAAUAUUUAAAAUAAUUUAUUGCCAUGACAUGAAGGCACAGUAUAGUUGGGGUGGGAAUUGCCAAUAAACCAGCCAUAACAGAUUUAGUAUCUUUUGGUGCACUUGAAUAAUUGUAAAAAGUACUGCAAUCACAUUUAAGUUAAGCUACCGUAUUUUCCGCACUAUAAGGCGCACCUAAAAACCUCAAAUUUUCUCAAAAGCCGUCAGUGCGCCUUAUAAUCAGGUGCGCCUUAUAUAUGGACCAAUAUUGAGCCCCUACAGCGGGCGUGUCCACAGUCCGGCCCGCGGUAAAAAUGUAUAUAUCUUAUAUGUGGACAAAGUUUUAAAAUGGGCCAUUCAUUGAAGGUGCACCUUAUAGUGCGGAAAAUAGGGUAUAUAAGAGUUGACACACGAACCAGAGCUGCAAUAGGAUGAAAAUCUCAAUUAACGAUAGUUUCAAAUAAAUUUUAUAGAGCAAGGUAAAAUGUGACAGCUUUGCUCCCACCCCCUUAAAAAGUACUGCACAAAAUAAACACGUAAAAGAAUUUACUGUAUCGAAACCGAAUUAAAAAAAAAAAGUAACACCGCUUUCAGCAUUCUUCCUGACAAUUCCAACUCAAUGCUCAGUUUGAGAAAGCCUGCUCCAGGAAAUGGUGCUUUUGUCACUCAAGUCCACACACAUCCACAGUUGAGGAAAAUAAUCCUAGUUAGAUUGUGUGUGCGGGGAAAGCUUUCCCUGUGUAACACACAGUGAUGUGGACCACCACCACCACCACCAAAGGACUACACUGACUCUUUUUGACUUUUUCAAAGAAAGCAAAGGAAGGAACUGUCCUGGUGUGAACUGCAUGGACCUGAAGUCACGGGCCACUCAAAAAAAAAAAAGAAAAAAAAAAUAACACUUUCUGUGCUUUGUUUAGUUUUUUCACCCAGAAAAAAACAACAACUUUGUGAACUGUUACUACUGCUAGUGGACAACAUGUUGAAGAGAAACCCGAGGAAUGCACUCAAACUGCAAUUCAACAACUGAGCACAUGUGACUCCACUUCCAACAGGGCUGGGCAACCUGGCUAAGGCAACAACCUCAGAGGGACCAAAAAAUAAAUAAAAAAUACAACUCUCAAAUGCUUAUAAUAAACAUUAUCAAAUUUGCUAUGACCCUCAGAGGAUUAUGAUAGGAAAGAGGUUCCCCACCCCUGAUUUACACAAAUGUUCCUCCUUUUUUUUUUUUGCUUCCUUGUGGCUCCUCUACAGCAGGGCUUCUCAACUGGUCUCUGUCUGGUUUUACAUGGUUAGUGAAACAACAUAGUUGAAUGACAACAGGUCACAUGUUAGUCAGGUUAGCCAUCUUCUGAAAGAGCAUUCUGUUGUUCCUAUCACUACAGGCUGCUGCUUAGAUUAGAUCGGAAAAAAUAGACUAUAAUAAGUAAAUGAUUUUCUGUCCAAUUAAAUGAAAUUGAGUAAUUUCCUGCAACCAACCUGAUGGCACUUUCAUGUCAAUCACGACUUGAAAAUGCAUUUCAAAGUCUUAUAUCUAAGGAAAGACUAAAGUGAAAUGAGGCUACAUUUAGAAAACAUCAAAAUGUCAUACUUUAAAUGAACUCUUGACUUUGUGUCCCUGUUUUAAAAAUAGUUAAAAUCCCAUGUUAUUUAUCUUUCCUGUAAUUAAAAUGUUUCAUACCUAAUGCACAUUUGAAUUUAAUAUCAAUAUGUUUUAUUUUAAUUUUUAAGCCACUAGUUGAGAAGCACUUCUGUCUUGUGGGGGGGAAAACAAGAGGAAUAAUAAACAGAAACCAGAUGUUGAGUUGCUAGACCUAUCAUGUGUCAUCUCAGGUGCCUGUGUCCAAACAGACACUCUGCCUUACAUCAACUUGCAUCGUCACCACAAAACAAAAGUCUUGAAUAGAGACACUUGUACUUUUCCACUUGGAGCGCACGGUUAUACUUGUGAACACUAAGACGCACUUAAUGUCGACAAACACGAGCCUGUGCAGAAUCAUUCGAGUUCUUCAACUUUUUGGUACAAUAUUCUGCUCCAAGGUUCAGUCCAUAGACAUAUAAGGAUUCUAUAGCCACCUUUUUCUUAAAAUGAAUGCAGUGGUUCUCAAAAGUUUUUUUUUUUUACACUACCACAUGAAAAAAAAAAAAUACUUUACUAAUAGCACCAUUAUUAACAGAGGUUGUGUUCCUAACAAGAAUCAUUAAAAGUUAAAUACAACUGA